AUGUCUGAUAAUUCAUCAACCCCAGUCACCACUGAAAAGAAAACAUACCCCUCUGACCCCGUGCCAGCGGAUUACGCUCCCUGGUCCAACAAAGACAAGCUCCAAUGGCUAGACAGCCAGGGGUUCGCCCAUGAUCCUACGAUCAACCUCGGAGACUGCUACCGCUCCGGCGCCAAGGUUACGCAAAUCUGCACGCUCAUCACCAAGCUACUACAGCGAAUGUACACAUCAUUGGGUGGAAAGGCUAGCCAAACUAUCCGGAAGGCCUUCUCGACCUUUUUGAAUGCAUACAACCAAAGCAUCGGCCGUCUCUCCAACGAAAUUUACUCUGAUGCCGCCUCGCUCCUUAGCACGGGCCGGUUCAACAAUGGGAGCAACCUCAUUGAGCCUGUCUCCAUCCCUGACUUGCCAAUCGAAAAUGACGACGGCACGUCCAACAUACUGACCACGGUUCAUGGUUUUAAAGAUAAAAUUUGGCCCUAUUUUCUGAACGUGCUCCAAUUGCUCCAGGACAAGUGGAAGUGGCUCUCCAAGGUCCACCCAGGGAUGAACGUGUCGUACAACAAUCUCAUCAAGGCAAUGACUGAUGCGGGAGAGACGCUCUUCCUGGAGUACCAGAAGGAACAAGAUAGAUCUGCGGGAAUUUGA